GUAAGUUUUGAUGUAAUGGAAAAUCUUAAAAAGUUUUUAGAUUUUGGGUGAAACUAAUUAACUAAUUUUACAAUUUGACUGUAAUUUUUAAGAAUAGUUUAUAGCCAAACAGCCGAGGCGACUCCACUUCUUGUCCUCCCAUUUCAACCACCGUCAGCCUACAGGCGAGGCGACUCCACACUCCGCUUCUUGUCCUCCCAUUCCCAUUGGCGCCUGGACUUGCUCUGGUAAACUGGAUCCCUCCAUGGGUGCCUCCAGUACUUGUCCUUGCCACCACUUGAGCUCCUCCUCCGUCCUCACCAAGCGGACCAUCGCCUUCGCGCUCUACGCCCUCGUUCCCCUCGCCCUACUCCACUACCUCCUCUCUCUUCCUCCCCCUCUCCCCCCUCCUCCCACCACCGGCGCUCCCUCCUCCCCAUCGCCGCCGCAGCAGGCGGAGGCUCCGGCAGCGCGGUGCGAUUACUCGGACGGGGAGUGGGUGCGGACCGCGGAAGGCCCUCGGUACAACGGGUCGAGCUGCGGCGAGACCAUCAAGGCCGGCCAGAACUGCGAGGCGCACGGGCGGCCGGACACGGGGUACAUCUACUGGCGGUGGCGCCCGCGCGGGUGCGCGCUGCCGCCGUUCGACCCCGCCGAGUUCCUGCGCGCGGUGCGCGGUCGCCACGUGGCCUUCGUGGGCGACUCGCUCGCGCGGAACCAGUGCGAGUCCCUGGUGUGCCUGCUCACCUCCGCGUUCCCGGCGCAGCUGGUGCGCGGCGCCGGCGGCGGCGACGGCGACGGCGACGGCGACGAGCUCCGCAAGUUCCGGCGCUGGGCGUUCCCGUCGCACAACGCCACGGUGUCGGUGUUCUGGUCACCGUUCCUGGUGAAGGGCACGGAGAGGCCCAAGUCGCCGGCCGCGGCGGGAGGGCUGGACCACAACCGGAUCUACUUCGACCAGCCCGACGAGCGGUGGGCGGCGGCGGUCCCGGGAUUCGACGUGGUGGUGCUGUCGGCGGGGCAGUGGUACCUGAACUCGGCCAUGUUCUACGACCGUGGCGCCGUCAUCGGCUGCCACCGCUGCCCGGAGCGCAACCGCACGGAGACGGGCUUCUUCGGCGUGUUCCGCCUCGCCGUCCGCAACGCGCUCCGCGAGGUCAUAACCCGCGUCGCCGCCGCCACGUCCUCCUCCUCCUCUUCCUCCUCCGCGACCGCCCGUCCCCGGCUGGCUGUGGUGACGACGUUCUCGCCGGCGCACUUUGAGGGGGAGUGGGACAGCCCGACCGCGUGCGUGCGCACUGAGCCGUACGCGCGCGGGGAGCGGGAGAUGGAGUACAUGGACCUGGAGAUGCUGCGCGCCGGGGCGGAGGAGGCCGCGGCGGCGGGCGCGGACGCGAGGGCGCGCGGGGCGGGCCUUGCGGUGGAGGCGCUGCAGGUGACGCGGCUGGCGGCGAUGCGCCCGGACGGGCACCCAGGCCUGUACACCCGGGCGUUCCCGUUCGCCGAGGGGGCGAGGGAUCGGAUGCCCAACGACUGUGUGCACUGGUGCCUGCCCGGGCCCAUCGACACGUGGAACGAGAUCCUGCUGCAGGUCGUCAAGCGAUGGGCCGACGGCGUCGGCGUCGGCGCCGACGCAUCGUAGCCAUCGCCAUGAACCAUUCUUUACAACGAGAAGCUCCAAGCUACCGACCGCGGUGUCUGUUUGGAUGGGCGAUUUUGGUCAAAACCCUUGGAAAUAUAGGUUCGAAUUAUUGGAUGGCGAUUUUGGUCCAAAUCCUUGGAAAUGGUUCGUUCAAAUGCUCCCGCUUAAGUUGGGAUUGUAAUGUUGCUUAACAGGUGUCUUUCGCUCGUGUUUUAAUAAUGGAACCAAGACUGACCGCUCGUGUUUUAAUAACGGAA